AUGAUACGGACCGCGGAGGAAGCAAGGCUGGAGGCGGAGGAGGCAGGACGGAGAAGGCCUCCCGGGGUUCUCGACAAAGAGACGAGGCGAAGGGUGUUAAACUACUUCGUGCUCCGCCCGCCAGAGGAGAAAAACGGGGGCAACAAUCACAAGAGCGGCAGCGGCAGCAGCAGCAGCCCUUCGAACACUGCCCAACGUGAAGGUGAUAUUGGCGGCAGCGGGAGAGGAAUAAGGUUUCCGAAGCUUGCCCGCGUUGGUGGCAACGCCAGCGGUAUUAGCGGCGCGGGGAGCGGGAGAUUAUUCGCAGGCGUGUUCUCCCCGUACCGUGCCCCUGCGUCUGGCUCCCCCCCCCGCCCGCCGGGCGCCGCCUCGCCUCCUUCACUGCGGUCGCCGCCGCCGCCGUACGCAUCUCCACCACCCAGGAGGGCGGGGAGAGAUGCCUACAGCACCGCCGAGCACGUCGACCAGGAGCGGGCUGCCGCAGAUCGCGAGGAAGGGUUAGCAGCAGCUGCUGCGGCGCUUGCCAGCGACGCCGAACCCGCCACCGACAGCUGUACGAACAGGCCCGCCGGGGGAGAGAUUAGAGACGCGGCAGCGGCUGGGCCGGCAGCAGGAAGCGAGACGGAUGUCGUCGUGGCUGAGGCGUCCGCUGGCGAGAAGGCAGGAGAUGAAGGGCCUUCUUGUCCGAGGACCGACGCGAAAGGAGGGGUGCAGGGCGAAGAGGCCAAGGGCGAGGGGUCGACGGGGGGGUCGUGCAUCGUGUGCUUCGGCGACUACACCUACGGGGAAGAGCUGUGCCGGCUGCGGUGUGGCCACUUGUAUCACGCAAAGUGCAUCGACGAGUGGCUUGACGGAGAAAACCAUGGCUGGUGCCCGCUAUGCAAGACCGACAUCAUGUCCACAUCCGGCUACUUGGACCCCGCCGGCAGCAGCAAUAACAACAACGCAGUGCGUAGCGGCAUCACGGGCCAGGACACAAGACGGUGGGGCCAACACUUGCCCAACAAUAACUACACCGGCAACGACGCAGCAUGAUGGCGGAGCUCCGUGCCUGAGCGAAAUGCAGGGAACAAAACAUGUUUUUUUUUUUCUUUUUUGAGAACCAUAUUCCAGCUGAAGGUGCGUUUGUUUUGCGGAUGGGGGCGUAGCAGCCAUGAAUGGCCAUUGUUUUGGUGCAUGGAGGAGGGACGGGCGUGUGGCGCUGGAAGUCAAUGGAUGAUUUGAAAAAUGUGUUUCGAAUGAGAGAACACGGGGUGUUUUUCGGGCGGGUGGUCAUCCUCUACUCCUGGCCUCAUGGAAGGGGAUAAUCCAAGGAUGGUUGGUAUUGCUGUAUUCAUGGGUCGGAGCUUUGGGACUCCAUAUUCACAGUUUGUAGUGAGGGGGGCGGGCAGAGCUUAAGAACCCGUUGUGUGUAGAAGGCUCCGCUAGGGGGCGGAGGGGGGCUUUUAAAGAACGCCGUCGAAUGUGCAUUUUGUAUAUGGGUGAGAGGGGUGAAGUCCGGGGUGGGGGAGCCGAAUUUUUGUACACAAGAGAUCACCGAGUUCGAGAGACUGCUACCAACAGGUCGGUAGCUGUUUAGUCACCAUUUAGUCAUGCGUGGGAUCCUUUCAGAACCAGACAUGUGUAUAUGUGGCCCCUGCGAGCCUUG